GCCAUGGACACCAACCUGCCAGGCACCUUCCUGCUCAGCGGCCCUUCACUGGCCCCCUUCCCUGAGGCCAAGGCACCUGUCUGCCAGUACUCGGUGCAGAGCUCCUUCUACAAGCUGGGUCCCCCUGGGCUGGGUGCCCAACUGGCUGCCGGCACCCCACACGGCAUCUCCGACAUCCUCGGCCGGCCCACAGCGACUCCAAACAGCAGCCUACUGCCCAGCUACCCCCACGCAGGUGGAUUUAAUGGACUGAGCUCCCCAGGCGUCUAUUAUGGGCCACAGGUGGGGGCCCUCCCUAAAGCCAGCAGCGAUUACGUGCCACGGGGCAGGAGCUGCUGGGCAGAGGCACCCGACUGGCAGGGCAGCCGGCAGUGCGGUGGCCCCCCUGCACACCUGACUGACAGCCUGCACAAGAAGAAGCACACGCGUCCGACCUUCACAGGGCAUCAGAUCUUCGCUCUGGAGAAGACAUUUGAACAGACCAAGUACCUGGCAGGGCCAGAGAGGGCACGGCUGGCAUAUUCCCUCGGCAUGACUGAGUCCCAGGUGAAGGUUUGGUUCCAGAACCGACGCACCAAAUGGAGGAAGAAGAGUGCCCUGGAGCCCUCCUCCUCCUCGCAGCGGGCGGGGGGCUCCAGUGGAGAGCGGGCAGCCUCUGAGACCGAGGAUGAUGAGUACAACAAGCCCCUGGACCCUGACUCUGACGAUGAGAAGAUUCGGCUGCUGCUGAGGAAGCACCGUGCAGCCUUCUCUGUGCUGGGGCUGGGCACACACAGUGGCUGA